AUGAGUACUGACAUGGUAUACGACUUUAUGGUUAUCGGAGGUGGUAGCGGUGGCAUGGCCUCCGCUCGUCGUGCAGCCACAUGUGGUGCAAAGGUUCUCGUUGUUGAACGUGGCCGAGAAUUUGACGGUAUGGGUCUUGGUGGCACGUGUGUGAACUUUGGCUGCGUACCCAAGAAAGUUAUGUUCAAUACAGCUGUACACGUGGAACAUUUAAAUCGUAACAAAGACUAUAGUAUCAACACUUGUGCCAAAGACUUUGAGUUUGGUGACUUUGAUUGGGCCAACAUGAAGACCAAACGCGACGCGUAUAUUCAACGAUUAAAUGGGAUUUACGAACGAAAUCUUAGCAAUGCUCAAGUAGAUGUAAUUCAAGGAAUCGCGAAAAUUGUCGCGAAAGACAAGAUUCAAGUGGCUGGCCAUAUAUACACUGGCAAACACGUACUUGUGGCUCCAGGUGGUGUCCCAAAUAUCCCAGAUAUACCCGGUAAAGAGCAUGUUAUUGAUAGUGAUGGAUUUUUUAAACUGGAGCAACAACCCAAGAAAGUGGCUGUUGUCGGCGCUGGCUACAUUGCUGUCGAGUUGGCAGGCAUCUUCAACAUGCUAAAGAGUGACACAACGCUCUUUUGUCGACAUGACCAAGUAUUACGAAAGUUUGACCCAAUUGUGCGUGACCUUGUCAAUGAAGAGAUGGAGAAAGCAGGAGUUGAAUUUGUACGGAACAUGUCUGCAACUCGUAUUGAAAAAUCGAAUGAUGACAAGUUAACGUUUGUGGUAACUAUGAAUGGAGAAGAACAAGAAUUUACAAAUUUUGAUACGAUCUUGUUCGCUGUUGGCCGGGUACCACGUACCAAAGAUCUUGGUCUCGAAGAAAUUGGUGUCAAGCUUGCGGACGGCGGCUAUAUCGAAGUAGAUGCUCAAGAAAACACGACUGUGCCCGGAGUGUACGCCAUUGGUGACGUCACCGUCACUGGUUGGGAGUUAACACCUGUGGCUAUUGCCGCUGGUCGUCGUUUGGCCGACCGUCUUUUUGGUGGUGAAAAAGACGCGUGUUUAAACUAUCACCAAAUUCCAACUGUCAUUUUCAGUCACCCUCCAAUUGGCACCAUUGGAUACACGGAACCUGAGGCUAUUGCGAGGUUUGGCAAAGAAAAUAUCAAAAUUUAUACAAGCAAGUUUGUAAAUUUGCUGCAUGCCAUGGCCGAUCCGGAACGGAAGGGCAAGACAGCAAUGAAGCUUGUGACUGUUGGUGAAGAAGAAACGGUAGUGGGCGUGCAUGUAGCUGGUGAGGGCGCAGACGAAAUGAUUCAGGGCUUUGGGGUUGCGGUCAAGAUGAACGCGACCAAGGCUGACUUUGACAAUAUUGUGGCUAUUCACCCAACGGCUUCUGAAGAACUAGUGACCAUGGCACCAUGGGGAAUGAUCAAAGACAAGAUCGUGGUGUCACCAAAACCACCACGUCCCGCGCCGGCGGCCAAAAAGUAG